UGCACAUGUGGCUACUGUCACUGACCAAUCUUAUGUUAGCGUAACUCGCUGCGCGCUACUGUAGCUACAUAAAAGAUCUACACAUUUUUGAUAAUAAAACAAUAACUAGAUGAGUUAAAAUAUUCGUAUAAUUAAACUCAUGUAAUUAUCUUGAAUUGCUGUCAAAACGGCCGGUAAUGUUAUCAAUUAUCUUCGGUCUCACCGAGCUCAGUUGACGAAAAUUCACCCAUGAUUGGGAUCACUGGCGACUACUCGAGUUUAAUACUCACAUAGAAUCGUAAUAAUCCAAAGAUUAUAUUUUUUAAUACAAGCAUUGCUUACGUUAUGGAUUGAAAUAUAAUCUACUGUAUAAUCUAGGUUAACACAUGAAAUAAAAUUAAUAAUAUGGACAUUGUCAAAGAUACAAAGACAGAGCACGUUGCUCUGAUAGAUAGCAAGGAAGAGAGAGAAUCAUGUACUGACAAAGUAAAGUCUGAAACUACACGACUUAGUCAUCAAGAAUUAAUAAAAUUGACUAGAAUGACUAUAGAUAACAUGAUCAAGGAUGAUCCAUUGCUCUGCGGAUUGCCUUCGGAUGUUACGAUGGAGGAAGUUAAAUCACAAAUUGCAGUUGUGCAAGGACAAGCUAUAACUUUAUUCUUAAAUCGCGGAGAACUGCCAAAGCUCGCAGUAGUGAUUCCGCCACAUAAUACAACAGUGCUUGACUUGAAAAAGGCUAUAAAGCGACAUAUGAAUUUAUCCUUGGAAAGAGAGAAUGUCAAGAAGAAGAUAAGUUGGAAACAUAUUUGGAAGAAAUAUCAUCUUUGUUUUGAGGAUAUCAGACUUACUAAUGACAAUGAAAAUAUUAAAGCUUAUAAUAUCACUAAUAAAGCGGAAUUACAUUUUGCAAAGAGACGAAGAGAAAAGAAUAAAUUGCUAAAAGAUUAAUAG